CGGGAAUUACACGUGCGAAGCUGGCUUCAGCUGGGAUGUCCUCUAGCACCAAGUUUGUGCCAGGGGUGAUAAGCCCAAUAAAGAUCAACCAGGUAAGUACCCUGGAGAUGAGUGUUCCGAUUGUCAAAUGCCCCUCUACUGGAAGGGAUCUAAGUCAUAAUUUCAAUCCACUUUGUUGGAAUGACAAAGCUGGCACUCAGAACAAAAAGAAAAGCCGGAAGCACCAGCGCUACAUGAUGCGCAGAGCGCUGGAGCAGAAGGGACACCUGGCAGCCAGAACAAAAGAGAAGAAUCUUGUUAGGACCACAGAUGUCUCUGAAAUGGAUGGGAUGCAGGACUCGUCGUCCUGGGAAAACGGAAGUCACCAGUUGCUCCAGACAGACGUGAUAACAACUCAGGAGACUUCUUCCAGAUUUGGUGAAGCUGUCUCCAUCUCCUCUGAGGACCUAGCCAGGCAGCCAUCAUCUUGCCAAGGUCUUCAGAACCUGCUAGCCUCCCCCAGCAUCUCAGAAAAAGGGAUUAGUCCCUUCCUGCCUCAGAAAUCUGUGAAGCGUGUGGCCAUUGACUGCGAAAUGGUAGGCACGGGUCCUUGUGGAAAGACAAGCGAGUUGGCACGUUGUACGGUGGUGAGCUAUGACGGUGAUGUGAUCUAUGACAAAUACAUUCUUCCAGAAUGUCCAAUUGUAGAUUAUAGGACGCGUUGGAGUGGCAUCACCUGGAAGCACAUGAGAAAAGCAAUUCCUUUCCGGAUUGCACAGGGCGAGAUCAUACAGAUCUUGAAGGAUAAAAUAGUCGUGGGACAUGCUCUCCACAAUGAUUUCCGAGCCUUAAAAUACUUUCCCUCCCGAGCCUGGAGGCGUGAUACAAGCCAGUGUCCUCUGUUGAAGAAGAAGAUUGCAUCAACUCUGAAACCAAGCAUGUCUCUCAAGAACCUAACUCAUCAGCUGCUACACAAAGACAUUCAGGUUGGCAAGCACGGGCAUUCAUCUGUGGAAGAUGCUCAAGCUUCUAUGGAGCUUUACAGAUUGGUAGAGUUUCCAUGGGAGGAGCUCCUGACACCCAGUCACCCCAUGGGCCCUUCCCACGGCACCCCGGAGGUUGAUACCAAUCACAGUUGCUACAUGGAUGAUCAAUAUUGGCCCAAGGACCUUGACAUAGACUGCAAAUGAAGGUUCGGGUUUUAGGAAGUUUGUAAAGAAGUGAUGCUGAUAUUCCAAAGAGAAAACGGGGAUUCGUGCCUUCCAGCAUCAACAAAGCAGCAUUUAUUUACAUUCUUUUCCCUCAGAGUGGUACAUGCCAAAGAAAACUUCAAGCCCAGACUAGCUUUUUCAGUUUUGAACCUUGGAAAGUUGCACCUGAAGAACCUCCGGCCUUUAAGCCUUUGAAGUUUGAGCUGAAGAAGUUGGCCACAUGACCUGUGUAGAACCCAGACUAGCCAGAAAAGCCAUUUCCUUUUUAAAGAAAGCUUUAGAAUCCUUCUCCAUUCUUCUUGCUGAAUGAAUGACGUAUGAGUAUGUUGCUGAAUCAGCCUAGACCUGGAGGGGAUAGGAGGGAGGGAUUUUUUUCCAGCUAAUUGAAUUUAUUUCCUUUUACUCCAGGCCUAAUUUUAGAUUUCCUUAUCUGAUUAUAAUGCUGAGUGAAAACUAAGGUGAUGUGUAUCCAAUCUUAACAUUGUGGAGCUGUGUAGGUCUCUCUCUCUCUGUGUACAUCUGUGUGUUAUGUUCCAGCUGAUUUACGUAGUAUUUUCUUCUGCGUUAAACCACCUAGGAAUGCAUUCACAUCCUGAAAUGUAACCAGAACCAAUGGAUCCUGGUUACCUUCAAUGACACUUCCUGCAGGGAUAAUAGCUGCAAAAAAGGGUUCUUAUCUCUAAGUGUGUUAGCGAUUGGCUUAUUUGCAUAUUUGGAGAGUUUCCCUGUUUAUCAGUAUAUCCAAAGGGAGUUUGGGACCACUUAGGGCAAAACAUUUGAUAUCUUUCUGCAGCAAAUAAGUACUGCUUGGAAUAGUAGAAAUGCGCCCAGCUUGAGUUGUUGCAAAUUCCAGUUGAAGGAUUAUGAUGCUAAACACACACACACACACACACAGGUGUGGAGGGGAACCCCACAGAUGUUCAAAGCUAAACUAGGCUGUCCAGAAUAUUAAACAGAAGAAGGAAUUGGCCAUCUCCAAAAACAAGUAUGAGUUAAGCAUCAAAUGUGAAAAUAUGUCUCUCUUGUUCCAUCAUUCUGUUCUUCCAUCUGAAAUCUAAAGCUAGAGCAGAGUCCCCUUCACCACUUUGACGGUUGGUCAUGACUUGGUGUUCAAACGGAACAGCUUCCCCAGAAGUCUCUGGUGCUAUCAUCUGAUUGGGACAAGGCUCUCUUUGUUACUCAAACAGAAAUGGGAAACCGGCUAUGCUUUAGAAUUAGAAAUCACCAGCAUCCGACUUGUUUGCCAGAUAUUGCAUGAAAGUUCUGAGGUUGAUAGUUUAUAUGCAGUAGAGAGUGGAGUGGAGUAGUGUGGAAUGGAAUGGAAUGGAGAAUGGAA